AUGCUGGGAAGAGCCUUUGUACGAAGAAACGAGGCGUUACGCCGUGCUCCGGCCACGGUAGGCUCCCGCCGCUUCCUCCACCUCGCGCCCCCGUUCCUCCUCGAGGACUACAUGCCCCGAUACAUGACAUUGUCCUCUAUCGAUGAAUCCAAAAAGCGAUCCAAGGCUUACGCCCAUCUUUCCAACUGCAAUCUGUGCCCGCGACUAUGCGGUGUGAACCGCUUCGAAAAGACCGGAAUGUGCCUGAUUGGCGACAACACGAAGGUCAAUGGGCACAAUGGCAGUGGCGCUGUAUUCUUCUCGGGCUGCAACCUCCGUUGCGUCUUCUGUCAAAACCAUGACAUCGCCCAUCAGCGCAACGGCCAGGAUCUGACGCCCGAAGAACUGAGUGAAUGGUACAUGAAGCUGCAGCAGGUUGGCCGCGUCCACAAUAUCAACCUCAUCACCCCGGAGCACGUUGUUCCUCAGGUCGUGCUUAGCAUCCUACAUGCGAAGGAGCUAGGUCUGAAAGUCCCAAUCAUCUACAACACCUCCAGUUUUGAUUCGCUGGCUUCCUUGGAGUUACUGGAUGGCUUGGUCGACAUUUACCUCCCCGAUUUCAAGGUCUGGGAGACGGCCACAUCCAAGCGCUUGCUGAAGGCAGACGACUAUGCUGCCACGGCACGCGAGAGCAUCAAAGCAAUGCACAAACAGGUUGGCGACCUGUGCUUUACCGGAGACGGCAUCGCCAAAAAGGGCAUCCUUGUGAGGCACCUGGUUAUGCCCGGAAAAGAAGCAGAGGGGCAGCGGAUCAUGCAAUUCCUAGCCGAUGAGGUCUCUAAGGACUGUUUCGUCAACAUCAUGGAGCAGUACCACCCAGAUGCUCAUGUUGGCAAGUCUAGAAAACGCACAAAGGAUAGCACCGACAAUCGGAGCGAUGAGGUGCGGUACAACGAGAUCAACCGAGCAGUAUCAGGCGACGAAGUUUCGUCGGUGCGGAGGGCCGCGGAGGCAGCUGGUCUAUGGCGCUUUUGCGAUCCUCCCAGACAUGACGGCUUCAACAUCUGA